GCCGCGUGAGGCUGGGCGGGCGCUCCGUCUCCUCCAGGCCGCCGAGGAUGGCGACCGACUCGUGGGCGCUGGCGGUGGACGAGCAGGAGGCGGCCGCCGCGGCGUCGCUGAGCAACUUGCACCUGAAGGAGGAGACCCUCAAGCCAGAUGCCAAUGGUGCCGUUGUCAAGACAGGUGACAAUGCAGAGAAGACGGAAGAGGAGGAGAAAGAGGAUCGCGCCGCCCAGUCGCUGCUGAACAAGCUGAUCCGCAGCAAUUUGGUGGACAAUACCAACCAGGUGGAGGUUCUGCAGAGGGACCCGACGUCACCGCUCUACUCUGUGAAGUCUUUUGAAGAGCUGCGCCUGAAGCCCCAGCUGCUCCAGGGGGUGUACGCCAUGGGCUUCAACCGGCCCUCCAAGAUCCAGGAGAACGCCCUGCCCAUGAUGCUCGCAGAGCCCCCACAGAACCUGAUUGCGCAGUCCCAGUCCGGCACAGGGAAGACGGCAGCGUUCGUCCUGGCCAUGCUCAGCCGAGUGGAGCCGGACCACAAGCAUCCCCAGUGCCUCUGCCUUUCCCCCACGUAUGAGUUGGCCCUCCAGACCGGGAAGGUCAUAGAGCAGAUGGGCCAGUUCUACCCAGCGCUGAAGCUGGCCUACGCCGUCCGGGGCAACAAAUUGGAGCGUGGCCAGAAGAUCGCCGAACAGGUCGUCAUUGGCACACCAGGCACCGUCCUGGACUGGUGUUCGAAGCUCAGGUUCAUCGACCCCAAGAGGAUCCGGGUCUUUGUUUUGGACGAGGCUGACGUCAUGAUCGCCACCCAGGGGCACCAGGACCAGAGCAUCCGCAUCCAGAGGAUGCUGCCCCGUGACUGCCAGAUGCUGCUCUUCUCAGCCACCUUCGAGGACUCGGUGUGGAAGUUUGCCCAGAAGGUCGUUCCCGACCCCAACAUCAUCAAGCUGAAGCGGGAGGAGGAGACGCUGGACACAAUCAAGCAGUACUACGUCCUCUGCAGCAGCCGGGAGGAGAAAUUUGAUGCCCUUUGCAACAUCUACGGCGCCAUCACCAUCGCCCAGGCCAUGAUCUUCUGCCACACCCGCAAGACGGCUGGCUGGCUGGCAGGGGAGCUUUCCAAAGAAGGCCACCAGGUGGCGCUCUUGAGCGGGGAGAUGGUGGUGGAGCAGCGGGCAGCCGUGAUCGAGCGCUUCCGAGAGGGCAAAGAGAAGGUCUUGGUGACCACCAACGUUUGCGCCCGAGGGAUCGACGUGGAGCAAGUUUCUGUGGUCAUAAACUUUGAUCUCCCGGUGGAUAAAGAUGGGAAUCCCGACAAUGAGACAUACCUCCACCGCAUCGGCCGCACGGGCCGUUUUGGCAAGCGGGGGCUUGCCAUCAACAUGGUGGACAGCAAGCACAGCAUGAACAUCCUCAACCGGAUCCAGGAGCAUUUCAACAAGAAGAUUCAUAAAUUGGAUACAGACGAUUUGGAUGAAAUUGAGAAAAUUGCUAACUGAAGGGGCAGCCGAGGGGAUGGGUGUGCCCGCCUUUCUCCCCGUGGCUCUCCCACCCCAAUCAAUUUGCCAUCCCAACUGGCACCUCCUCGCCAGCCAUGUGCGAAGGGGUGCGUCCUCCGAGAUCACAAACGCUGCGGAAAUUACCUCAUCUUAAACCAACAUCAAUAUGGCUGGGCUUGAUUUUAAACAGUAGUGCAAACUGGAGAAGGAAGACAUGUUUAAGAAGAAAUGUUUACAGUAACUUUUAACUUUUUCCUUUAGUUUAGCCUUAAUAGUGGGGAAAUUCUGAAAACGAUGCCAAAAAAACAUAGCCAAUAAUUAGGAGGGAUUCUUAAAAUGCCUGUUUUGUGGAGAAAAUACUAAAACAUACCCAAGCAGUAUAUGGAAAAUUGAACA